AUGUCCCUCACGACCUUCAUCUUCUACGACGACCUCAAAUUGUACGGGUCUCGUGCAAUGACAGGCACCCACUCCUUUACCGACUCCAGCGGUCACAGUCCAACAUCGAGGGCUACGACGACGACCACCACCACUGACACUGCCGACCACGAUGGUCCAACCGAGGACCAUUCAGCGUCACGGACAGCACUCCUUCCACUUCUGUCUCAUGCACACCUGUCCAUCCUGAACUCUUUCCCAAGCAUCUCCACAUACCACGCGUUCCUCUCAACCCUCGACCUCCCAUCCCCACUCCGCCUCCGACCGACGUGGGAUGCGUACUUCAUGACGCUGGCCUCGCUGGCAGCGCAGCGGUCGAACUGCAUGAAGCGGCGGGUGGGGUGCGUGCUGGUGCACCACGCGCGGAUCGUCAGCACGGGCUACAACGGCACGCCGCGGGGCUUGGUCAAUUGCAACGAGGGUGGCUGCCCGCGGUGCAACGGGUCGGGCAACGCCGGCGGCACCGCACUCGACACGUGCCUGUGCCUCCACGCCGAGGAGAACGCGCUGCUCGAGGCCGGGCGCGAGCGCCUCCGCGACGGCGGCGCCAUUCUGUACUGCGACACCUGCCCGUGUUUGACCUGCUCCGUCAAGAUCGCCCAGGUCGGCGUCAAGGAGGUCGUCUACAGCCAGAGCUACAACAUGGACGACGCCAGCCGGAGGGUCUUGCGCGACGCCGGCGUCGUCCUGCGGCAGUUCGUGCCCAAGCGGAGCGGGCUGGUGGGCUUUGAUCUGUCGGGGAUGGAGGGAUUGGGUGAUGGUGGUGGUGGUGACGUACAUGGCAUGGGUCAAGGGAGACAAGGCAAGGAGAUGAUCGUCUUGAAUGGCAAAAAGUAG